AUGCUGGACUUCCGGACGUCGGGGUUCAACCCUUACAGCGUCAAGUACUCGCCCUUCUUCGACUCGCGUCUCGCAGUCAGCGCCGGCGCCAACUUCGGCCUUGUCGGCAAUGGACGCCUAUACGUGUUGAACCUCACGGCGAACGGGAUUGUAUGCGAAAAGUUUUUCGAGACACAAGAUUGCUUGUUCGACCUGGCGUGGUCUGAGCAACAUGAGAAUCAGCUCUUGACGGCGGGAGGGGACGGCUCGAUCAAGCUGUUUGAUAUCGGGGUCGGGGAGUUUCCAGUAGCAGGAUGGCAAGAGCAUUCAAGAGAAGUUUUCGCGGUACAUUGGAACUUGAUCGAGAAGCAGACAUUUUUGUCGUCAAGCUGGGAUGGGACGGUGAAGAUAUGGACACCCGAAAGGAAAGAGAGCUUGAUGACCUUGCCGGUGCACUCUUGUGUGUACUCCGCGGAGUACAGUCCACAUCAUCCCCAGAUUGUCACAUGCGUCUCGAGAGACUCGCACUUGAGGGUGUUUGACCUGAGAGCCAAGCCAAGCUCGCAGUAUCACCUGAGUCUCGCUAUACCGAUCCAUGCUCAGCCAAAGGUCCCAAUCCCAGGCUUUCAGAGCCAAAGUCCCGGCCCGACUGAAUGUCUCACCCAUGAUUGGAACAAAUAUCGGGACUCAGUUCUGGCAUCAGCAGGCGUGGACGGCGUGAUAAGGACGUUUGAUCUGCGCUCCCCGUCCGGGCCUGUCAAUGCUCUGCUCGGACAUCAGUACGCGGUGCGAAGAGUCAGCUGGAGUCCACAUCUGAGCGAUGUCCUCCUGAGCGCCAGCUACGACAUGACCUGCCGAGUAUGGACAGACGGUAGUAACGUGGAUCAAGGCGGUGGCGGCGCCGGUAUUGGCAAAGAGAUGGGUCUGAUGGAUAAGCACACUGAAUUCGCUAUGGGCGUAGACUGGUGUCUAUUCGGUGCCGAAGGUUGGUGCACAACUUGCGCUUGGGACGAGAGAGUGCUGGUAUGGGAUGUGAGGGAAUAUAUGCGACCAUGA